GGGGCGCCGGGCCGGAGUGACGUCAGCGCCGGGCCGUCGCGGGUAGGCGGAGGGGCCCGCGGGUGAGGCGGGAGCAGGCGGCGGGCGCAGGCUGCUGUGCUGGCACCAUGGCUGCAGACUGGUUGGGCAGCAUCGUUUCCAUCAACUGUGGGGAGAGCCUGGGGGUCUACCAGGGCAGGGUGUCUGCUGUGGACCAGGUCAGCCAGACCAUCUCCCUCACACGCCCCUUCCACAAUGGGGUCAAGUGCCUGGUGCCAGAAGUCACCUUCAGGGCAGGUGACAUCACUGAGCUGAAAAUCCUGGAGAUCCCCGGGCCAGGGGACAGCAGCAGCAGCAGCAGGCAGUGUGGGGACCUGCAGCAGACAGAAGUGGGGAUCCCUGGAGUGGGGUGCCAAGUGGGUCCCAGUCAGAACGGGACUGGGAAGGUGUUAAAGAAGCCCCUGUCCAGCAGUGCCCCCCAGAACAUCCCCAGGAGGCCGGAGCUGAAGCACCAGGACAUCCUCAUCUCCCCUCAGCAGCAGUGCUCCAAGAGCUACAUGGAUCGACACAUGGAAACACUGUCUCAGUCCAAAGGCUUCCGGAGGAGACACAACUCCUGGUCAUCCAGCAGCCGCCAUCCCAACCAAGUGACCCCAAAGAAGAGCGGCCUGAAAAACGGGCAGAUGAAGAGCAAAGACGACGAGUGCUUCGGGGAUGACAUCGAGGAAAUCCCAGACACAGAUUUUGAUUUUGAGGGCAACCUGGCCCUUUUUGACAAGGCAGCUGUGUUUGAAGAGAUUGAAACUUACGAGAGGAGGAGCGGGACGCGUUCCCGAGGGACCCCAAGCGAGAAGCCGGCUCGCUACCGGCACGAUGAGAACAUCUUGGAGUCAGAGCCCAUCGUCUACAGGAGGAUUGUUGUGCCCCAAAAUGCUAACAAAGAAUUCUGCACGGACUCUGGGCUGGUGGUUCCAAGUGUGUCUUACGAGCUUCACAAGAAGCUGCUCUCAGUUGCUGAGAAGCAUGGGCUGACUCUGGAGAGGAGGCUGGAGAUGACAGGAGUGUGUGCCAGUCAGAUGGCCCUCAGCCUCCUUGGGGGACCCAACAGGCUGAACCCAAAGAACGUGCACCAGAGGCCCACAGUAGCCCUGCUGUGUGGGCCCCACGUGAAGGGUGCCCAGGGGAUCAGCUGUGGGAGGCAUCUCUCCAACCACGACGUCCACGUCAUCCUUUUCCUCCCCAACUUUGUCAAGAUGCUGGAGUCCAUCACCAAUGAGCUGAACCUUUUCAGCAAGACACAGGGCCAGCAGGUGUCCAGUGUCAAAGAUCUCCCAGAUACCCCUGUUGACCUAGUAAUCAACUGCCUGGAUUGCCACGAAAACGCUUUUUUGAGAGAUCAGCCUUGGUACAAAGCAGUGGUGGACUGGGCCAACCAGAACCGGGCACCUGUCCUCAGCAUAGACCCUCCCAUCAGUGAGAUGGAGCAGGGCAUUGAUGCAAAAUGGUCCCUGGCCCUGGGCCUGCCCCUGCCCCUGGGCGAGCGGGCAGGGCGUCUGUACCUCUGUGACAUUGGCAUUCCCCAGAAGGUCUUUCAAGAAGUGGGAAUCAACUACCACUCCCCCUUCGGCUGCAAAUUUGUCAUCCCUCUGCACUCCACUUAGAGCCCAACCCAGCCACACGGAGAGGAGGGAGAAAGGAGGAGGAGGAGUUCUGUCCAAUAAGCUGUCCAGUGGAUCCUGACUUAAGUAAGCUCGUGACGCCUUAAGGAUGUGAAGUUCUGAAGAGUUUUCCUUCCAGAAGGAUCAUUGUGUAUUUAAAAAGAAAGAAAAAAAAAAUCAUAAAAUGGAAAAAAAAAAAAAAAAAAAGGAAGCAAACGUUCCUGCAAAGCUGUUUUCAUUCUCUUGUGCCAUUGUAUGAAGGAACGUGCAGGAAGAUGGUGUCUGUGCAGGUGCAGGACACUGCUGUCUAGGCCUGGCCAAGAGGCUGUUUUGAUGAGGGGGUGUACAUGGAGGUGGCACGAGUGGUCAGAGAUUUGAGAUGUGUUUCUUGGUCCUUCUGGGCAGAUAGACCCAGCCAAGGCACCCUUGUGGGAACAGCACCCCUUGAUUCUGUAGAGACUUGUGUUGGAGUUGUAUCGGGAGGGAGGGUUUGGUUUUGUUCAGUUGUUCUUUUGGCUUCCCCCUCCCCUGGUUUCUGUUCCUCGAGGCAGUUUGUAGCUUGUCCUCCCUCCUCGACUCACCAGCCCCUGGAGGAGCAUCUUGCCUCCUGGGAAAGCUCCUCUCAAGCUGUGGGAAACACCCACAUCCUCAGCCAGGCCUGGCUUGCUUUAUGUGUUCAGUUGGCUUUUUGUUUGUUUGCUUAGUGGGUAACGCCCGGGUCUCUGGGGUUAGGAGAAGGGUGUUUUGGGAAAGAACAUUUCCAGGAUAGUUGUUUGGAGGUUUGGGGUUUUUCUUUUUCCUUUUUUUUUUUCUUUUUUUUUUUUUUCCUGGCCCAGUGAGUGGCUGAAUCAGGGAAAGCACAGUGGAGCAGGGCAGUGUCACUCUUGGUUGCUUUCAGGGCCAGGUGAUGUUUGGGUGAGUUCCCACGGUACUUCCAGCACACCUCCUGCACUCAGUCUGGUUUGGGAAGUAGGUAAUGGGUCCAUUUGUUCCCUUUGGGCUCCAGGCCUGCAGCUAGGGUGGGCUUGUCUUUGCACCCAUGUCUGGGAACCAGCUUGAGGAAGGGCUUGGCACCUCAGCUUACACAGCACAGUCCUGUUUGCCUGCAGGAGAUGGAGCUGCUGCCCUCCUGGAGGGGCACAGCAUGGGGUUCUGGUCUGAAUCACCAGAGAGGAGCUGCCUCAGGUUGCUGCUUUCACUGUGUUGUCCCAGUGGAACCUUGGUGCAGUUUUUAGGGCAGGAACAAGCCAAGGAGCCAUCAGUGCUUUGUGCACAGUGGCUGCUCCAGGGUAGCACAAGGUGCUGAGCUCCUUGCUUGCUCCUGAUGCCCUGGGCACGGGUGGUGCCUGAUGCUCUGCUGCUCUUCUGGCACCUGACCUGUGCCCAGAGCUCCUGCAGCUGCCUAACCCCUUCCCAGCCCCUCUGCUGGCAGCAGGGAGCACUUCAGUGCUUCAGAAGGGGCUUUUUUUCCCCAAGGGGAGCCGGAUCCCUUCUGAGGCUGAGGUGCAGGGACAGGGGAAGCUGCUGCCCUAGCUGCUCUGUUGCUGUGCUCUGCCCCGCCCCUGGCAGCAAACCUGCAGGGGAUGUGUCUCUCCUGCCUGCUUUGAACAAAAAACAAGUGUAUCUACCUCAGCAGGAUAGGGGGGGCUCUGCUCCUUCAGGUAUCUGGACCACUGACUCCCCUCGAGCUUCUCUCUCCCCCGUGGCUGGAGGCUCAGCACUCCUGGAGCAGCUGGGUGACUGCCAGGCUCCAGCAGCUCCUGUCCCCUGGGAAGGGCAAAGCUGCAGCUCCCCUGCCUCAGGGGAACCACAUUUCAGCUCUAGUGGCAUUGAACAAGUUGUGGUUCUGACUCAGACUCCCUGGGAAGGGAUGGCAACUGGGCUGGGUAUUGAAAAGUCAAACAGGAGGCUGCCCUCUGCCCUUCUCCUUAUUUUGGCUGUCUCAGCCUCAGCCAGAGGGGCAGCAGCUGGGAUACAGAGGUAGAUGUUGCUGUAGUACAGUGUUAGCUUUAGCCCUCCCUCCCCCUUUUUUUCACUUAAGAUACUCAAGAAUCUGCUGUUCCAGUGUCUGCUUUCCUUCAGCCAGGCUGCAGCUUUUCCUCCCCUUCUCUGGGUCUGGCUGGUGAACUGUGGAUUGUGUUCACCAAGCAGUGUAGCAAUCUCCAAGGGACCUUUUCUGCCCUGCUGCUGCUGUGCCACUGCCUGAAGUUACGUGCCCAGGAAGGCACUGACCCAAGUAAAGAUAUUUUUUUUUAAUUUUUGCAGGGGGGGCAGCUGGGGUCACACAGCUCUAGGCAGGCCUUGUGCAUUGCCAGCCCUGCAGCAAUAGGGGUUCCCUAACUUAAAAAAAAAAGAUGUUGCACAGCCAGAGGGUACAAACCCUCUGGUAAGGAAAGGGACUUCCAGCCCCUACCUGCCUGGAGCAUUUGAGGCCCAGCCAGCAGCUCUGGGCUGUGUUUGGCACAGUUAAUAGUUAUGGUGCGCCCUUUCUGGAGCUGUGAUGAGCUGUGAAGCUUGGGCUGUGCUUUCCUUCAGAAACAGAGGCUGACUUGAGGAGGUGCUGGCCUCACCCAUGUGAUGUGCAGCUUCUGUGCAGCUGUGAGCUCCACUGGAGCACUUCUGAGGCCCAGAAAAAGGUCUGUGGCCUUUCUUCUCCCCUCGCCCUCUAUUGCCAGCAUUAAUUCAAAUGGAACAUUUAUUUUUAGCUGUGUUUGAGAUAGUUUCUAACCCCCCCCCCCCC